AUGGCGCAGCCCAACGCGCCUCCCCCCUACGACGACAAGAACCCCCUCUACCCACCGCCCCCGCCCCCCCGCUAUGCCGGGGGGUACCCGCAGCCCGGGGGGUACCCUGCAGCAGGGGGAUACCCAGCAGCGGGGGGGUACCCCCAGCCAGGAGGGUACCCAGCAGCAGGGGGGGACCCCCAGCCGGGAAUGGCCAUGCCCACCAUGCCUAUUCGGUUCGGUAAGUGGGGGCACCUUGGGGUUUUUUUUGGGGGGGGUGACAACAGCAUCGGGGACAGCUCCCCCCUCCAAUCGGCUGACUGGGACGACAGGAAAGUCCGACACACCUUCAUCCGCAAGGUCUACGCCAUCAUCUCCCUGCAGCUUCUGGUGACGGUGGGGAUCAUCGCCGUGUUCACGUUUGUCUCCCCUGUCCGCUCCUUUGUCCAGAGGAACGUCGCCAUCUACUAUGCCUCGUAUGCCGUGUUCCUGGUGACCUACCUGGUGCUGGCUUGCUGCCAGGGUCCCCGGAGACGCUUCCCCUGGAACAUCAUCCUGCUGAGCAUCUUCACGCUGGCCAUGGGGCUGAUGACGGGGACGAUCGCCAGCAUGUACCAGACCAAAGCCGUCCUGAUCGCCAUGCUCAUCACUGCCAUCGUGGCCAUCGUUGUCACCAUCUUCUGCUUCCAGACCAAGGUUGAUUUUACAUCAUGUCCGGGGCUCUUCUGCGUGCUGGGCAUCGUGGUCAUGGUGACCGGGAUCAUCACCGCCAUCGUCCUCUCCUUCAAAUAUGUCCCCUGGCUCCAUAUGCUGUACGCGGCCAUCGGUGCCAUCGCCUUCACCCUGUUCCUUGCCUAUGACACCCAACUUGUGCUGGGGAACAGGAAGAACACGCUGAGCCCCGAGGAGUACGUCUACGGUGCCCUCACCAUCUACACUGACAUCAUCUACAUCUUCACCUUCAUCCUGCAGAUCGUGGGCCGGGAUUAG